GAGGAGGUGGAGACCUUCAUGGCCGCCGGCCAUGAGACCUCGGCACUGACGAUGACCACGGCGCUACUUCUUCUGGCCAACAAUCCCAAAGUUCAAGAGAAAUUACAUGCAGAGCUGGACGCUUUUUGGGCAGAGGAAGGACUUGAAAAUCCCCCUAAUCUUACUUCAGUUCAGAUCAAGAAGCUAAAGUACCUGGAAGCAGUGGUCAAAGAGACGCUUCGCCUCUUUCCCGCCGUUCCCCUAAUUGGUCGAUCACUCAGCUCCGACCUGACAGUGACCAGCAAAGACAGCAAACUAAAGCACCUCAUCCCUGCAGGAAGUACCGUCCUGGUCACCAUCUAUCAG